GUCUGUGUCUGUACCUUAGUGUUUUGUUUGGAGUUAAAGUGGUAUCACUGGGUUGUGAUGUGAAAAACUUGUUCGUGGUUGUGGCCGUGUUAGGAAAUAAAGUGAGAGAUUGCUUAUUUUAUCCAGACAAGAUGUUUCCAUAGCUACGUGCGAUUUCGAAUUUACUACCGUAGUACCGGAGCUCAGCCUGUGAAUGAAUGAACCGAUGAACAGCUGUUUCGUGUUAAUGCUGUUUGCUUCAUGAUACUCGACUACGUAUGAUCUCUGUUUUUGUUUUGAUGUGCGAACUUGUGAGUAAAUAAACUUGAACUGAAAGCUGAUUAAUGAAUAAUAAAAUUAUUCAUUGAUGUGUAAAACGAAAUACAUUGGUACGUUUUUGGGAAAGUUUAUAGUUUACAUCACUUCGGUGGACGAUAGCACCAGCCAGCAGCCUGCUCCCGUGUUGACAAUCCCGGUGGCCCUUUUACCGCCUGUGUCGCCGUCUGUUCAGCACCCGAUACCGUCGAUAGAUCUCACAAUGACACUCAACAAGCAACAGACAGCUGAUGAGCGUUAUGAUGCAGCAGCCACAACACUGCAGCGCAGUGACAUUGAAAAUGGACCGAAUGAUGAACCACUCAACAGAGAUGCCAAAAGAAUUGCCGCCCGAAAUUGGUCUGUUUUAUCACAGCCGCUUGCGCUGUUAGCAAUAUUCUUCUUACUCUGGGGGAUUGCGUUUUCGCUUCUUCCCAGACAUCUGACCGAGCCAAAUACACCAUUUAUGAGACUCUGGCUGCUGUUCGUCGGUGCACAAGUCAGCGGCAUUUUGGUUUCGCUGACCGGCCUUCCGGAUAUGCUGGGAAUGCUUUUCUGGGGCGUCCUCUACACCAACGCCGGUUGGGCCGACUUCAGCGGAUUGCAGACGGUGGAAGUUUUUCUACGGGAAAUGGCUCUCGUCAACAUUAUGCUGCUGGCCGGGCUCGGUUUGGAUUACGAUUCGCUGAAAAAACUUUUUCGUUUCAUCAUGCAGUUAACCCUCAUUCCAACGAUAGUUGAGGUGGCUGCAAUUGCCAUCCUGUCCAGGUUUCUGUUGGAUUUACCUUGGCUAUGGGGUAUUUUGCUGGGACUGGUGGUAACGGCGGUUUCUCCCAACGUCGUCGUCACGGUGCUGCUGCGCUUGCAGGAGGAAAAGCUCGGCCUGAAUAAAGGAAUUCACACAUUAAUCAUCGCUAUGACAAGCUGUAAUGAUGUUUUAGCUAUUUUCCUAUUUGGCGUCCUUCUGGGGGUGACAUUUUCCACUGGUGACCUCACGAGCCAGAUUCUUCAGGGACCGAUCGGCAUCGUAAUUGGUCUAGUCUUUGGCGGUGCAUGCGGGAUUGGGUUGCUCUACAUGCCAUCGCACCAAGCGAAAUACUCCAACGGGUUGCGCUUCACGAUGACGAUCUGCGCCGGGGCUCUGUCGGUGGUUGGGAGUAAACUUAUUGGAUAUCCUUCGGCAGGUGCUUUGGGCUGCAUAAUGACAGCAUUUGUCGCUGGUACAGGUUGGAAGAAGCAACCCAACCAUGAUACGAAUGAGGUUGGCGUGUACCUGGAUUUGCUGUGGAAGUUUCUGAAGCCGGUGUCAUUCUCGUUAAUUGGAAAGGAAGUGAACUUUUCGGUCCUGGAAGGAAACACGGUGCUGUACGGCACAAUCACGCUAUUGGUGGCUGUUUUGUUCCGUCUUGUGUUUUCGUACCUUUCGACACUGGGUAGUGACCUAAACUGGAAGGAAAAGGCUUACGUUACGCUCUCCGGCUUUCCGAAGGCUACCGUCCAGGCUGCUCUCGGCCCUGCCGCUUUGGAUUUGGCACGCAGUUUAAACGCCACCGACCAGAUUCCUAGAGCCCAAACGGUGCUGAUCGUUACGGUUUUGGCUAUUGUCUUUACUGCUCCUCUGGGAGCAAUACUCAUGAUCAAACUUGCCCCCAGAUGGUUGAAGAGGGGCCCUGCAGAAAUUUAGUUGUUAGCUGUACUUAUCAAAGUUACGAACGGGUACUUAAUUUUAAAGUACCAAUAAGUUUUCAAGACUUCACUUGAGUUUUUACGUGAGCAUGGAAAAGUAAUUAGUGAUAGGUAUAUCUGAUUCAAUAUUACCUCAGUCAUUUACACUUCGAGGUUGCUUUUUGUGCCAUACACUUAUAAUGCAAUAAAAUCUCAAUAAUGUAAAACCA